GUUUUCUCCAGCCAGUUCUACCAUGUCCUCACUUAGCGCACUUGAAGUGGAGUGGUCGAAAGACCCUGUAAAUGCUCGCAACUGGGCAUUUCCAAAGAAGAUAUACAACACAGCUGUUCCCUCUCUACUCAGCUUCCUCAUUUCAUUCGGAGUUGCAAUCUACACUCCUUCCCAUGCCAAAGUCCAGGAAUAUUUCCAGACCACCACGACCAUGUCCCUCCUGCCCUUCAGUCUAUACGUCUAUGGCCUCGCAUUUGGUCCUAUGAUCUCAGCGCCAAUAAGUGAGGUCUUUGGCCGCCGCCUUAUCUACCUACUCAUGUCACCAGUAUCCCUAUUAUUUAUACUCGGAGCCGGAUUCGCCAACAACCUUGCCACUCUGCUCAUUUGUCGCUUCUUCGCAGGACUCAUGGGUGCCUCACCUCUGGCUGUUGGUGCAGGAACAAUCAUGGACAUCUGGGGUUCUGGUCAGCCUUCCUCCCGCGCCGUAAUCAUAUUCAUAUCCACCGCAUUCCUAGGGCCGGCGUUCGGGUCCCUAGUCGGGGGGUUCGUCGCCGAGUACAAGAGCUGGCGCUGGUCACAGUGGACGACCUUGUUCCUGGGGGCUGCAGUGUGGACAUUUGGCCUCUUUGCUCAAGAAACGUACGCAAGCCCUCUUAUUCGAAGGAAGGCGAAGAAGCUGGGCUUGCCAUUACCACCACAGCCUAUACCCAGUGGCAUCGCAGGUAUACAAUUCCUUCUCACAGCUACGAUCACCCGGCCACUGCACAUGCUCGUGUGCGAACCGGCUGUGGGUUUGUUCUCGCUCUACGCAUCCUUCACUUUCUCUGUGCUCUUCUGCUUCCUUGCUUCAUUCCCUCUCGUCUAUGGGUCUGCCUAUGGUUUCUCCUCUGGACAAGGCGGGCUGGUCUUUAUCGGAAUUGCUGUUGGAUUAAUUCUCGGUGCAACCAUAUUAAUUCUCAUAGACCAGCUUGUCCACAAACGAUACCAGACUACAUGCUCAUAUAACAACACCCCUCAGCCCCCAGAAGUACGUCUGUAUGGUGCAAUGGUGGGAAGCCUCCUAAUGCCGAUUGCUCUAUUCUUUUUUGCGUGGACUGCGCGUCCUGGUGUCCACUGGAUGGCCUCAGUAAUAGCGACAGCACUCUUUGGUUGUGCAAAUAUUCUCAUAUUCGCAUCUUGUGUUCUCUACCUAACAACAGUAUACGGCGCCCGCUAUGGUGCUUCAGCGCUGGCUGCCAAUGGGUUCCUUCGUUAUACACUUGGAGGCUCGUUUCCUCUCUUCACAAUUGCGAUGUACAACAAUCUUGGUCACAGCUGGGCCGGCAGUUUGCUUGGAUUUCUAGGAGUACUAUUUGCGCCACUUCCUUGGAUCUUCUUUAGAUAUGGCGAUAGGAUUCGAAAAAGUAGUGGAUAUAUCCAUCCCUGA